ACCACCGCCACCACCACCACCUCGAGAGCAUUCGACACGCCGAAUUGGGUUGACUCUUUCAGCCCACAAGUAAACAAACUUUCCUUGUUUCCAACACUUCACCUUCAAGAUCUCCCACACAUCGCGAUCCCCAGUCCGGCCCCCUUCCUCCGACACAGCCAUGACCGACCUCACGCCAAUCCUGAAUGAGCUCCUCAAGAGCCACGAUGCACCAGCAACGAUCGAUCCGUCUCUAGCCCUGCAGAACAUCGAUGAAUUCCUGAAGGAAGCUUAUCGGAUAAACGCACACAUAGCUUCCUUAAACUCAUACCUGAAAAGCAUAAGGCAGGCCUAUCUUUCAACGGCCCCCCCACCAAGGCGAACCGGCAUCUCCUCGAAAGAUAAGCAGUCGAAGCAUUUAACAGAUCGUCAGAAAGAGGAGGUUGAUGCCGAGGCGAAGCAAUUAAUUCGCCAGCUCGAGGCUAGUAUUCGCAAUUUAGCAGAUGCGGAACUGCUCUCCCAGCAGACCGAAACCACGCUCAUUCGAAAGAAAUAUGCACGGUUAGGCCUUGGGGCUCUGGGAUCAUGGGCUGCUGGUGGAGCAGGCCAGCCGAAAUCACACGAUCAGGAAUUAGAUGAAGCCAAGGCCAAUGCCAUCAAAACGCAUCGGGAGGCCGUUAUUUGGUAUCUCAGUCAGAAGAUACAACAAUGUUCAUUGUUUCAGGCCGUGAUGAUGGAGAAGAGGUUACGCCGCGAGAUGGAGAAGAACAAGAGUGCGCUCGCAAAGUCGCGAGCGCCUAUGCCAGAGUUAGGAGGCUUCGACAAUGCCCCCCUGCCUCCGACGAAGUCCAGCGCAUCUGUGCAUUUGGAAGCGCAGCAACUAGAUCCGGAGCAGGAGCUGAGCCCUGAGCAGAUACAGAUGUUUGAGAAGGAGAACCAGGAUAUGCUGAAGCACUACGAGAGCACACUGGACCAAGUCAGAACGGCUGAGAAGUCGUUGGUAGAGAUAUCGGAGUUGCAAACACAGCUCGUUAGCAACUUGGCAACGCAGUCCGCACACAUCGACCAGCUCGUGGCCGAUUCCUUCUUUACAGCAGAGAACGUUGGGGGCGGCAAUAAGGAGUUGAAGAAGGCAACGGAGCGGAAAAGUACAGCGAAAUAUGUGUUCUAUGCAUCCUGCGGACUGAGCCUCCUCUUGGUCGUCUGGGACUUGGUUAUCUGAAGCCACAAAUUCUAUAAGAGCCGGUCCUUCUUGAACCCGAGACGGAUAUUCUGAG